AAUCCAUCCCGUCUCCGUCCCUUCUCUCUCUACCUCCGCCACCAACCAGUCCUCCUCCAAUGGCCGAUUCCUCCCUCUUUCUCUCUCUAGCCCUCGCCUCCCUCCUCGCCCUCUUCCCUCCCCUUUCUCUCUCUAGCGCUAGCCCUAGCCCUGGCUCCCCCGCGACCGUCUACGAGCUCCUCCCCGAGUUCGGCCUCCCCGGCGGCCUCCUGCCGGACUCCGUCCGGUCCUACGAGCUCUCCGACGACGGCCGGUUCGCCGUCGAGCUGGAGGCGCCCUGCUACGUCCAGUUCGACUACCUGGUCUACUACGACCGGCGGGUCACCGGGACGCUCAGCUACGGCUCCAUCACGGACCUGAAGGGGAUCCAGGUGCAGCGGUUCCUGUUCUGGCUCGACGUCGACGAGAUCAGGGUCGACCUGCCCCCCUCCGACUCCAUCUACUUCCAGGUGGGGUUCGUCAACAAGAAGCUCGACGUGGACCAGUUCCAGACCGUCCACUCGUGCCGGGACAAGGUCGCCGGCCCCUGCGGCGGGUCGUGGAAGCGAGGGAUCCAGCUUCCCACCAUGGUCGAUGAUGUUCAGAUGCUAAUCACAGAGUAGGCAUCCCCAGAUAUUAUUGGGGAUACCUGUGGUGGAUCAUGCAAUUCGAACUUACUGCUGCGACCAGCUUCAUUUUCAGGCUCUGCAACCAAGAGGCUGAUGGAGGUAGAAAAUCAACAGAGUUGAGUAGAUGUAUGGUACUGUCUCGAUGGACCAUGUAGUAAGUAUAAGUGUCAUGUACAUGUAAAGUGUUCCCGUAUCUCAAUUUGGACUUCUCUACCUGGGGACGAAGUAUUAUGAUUAGAGACCUUUGUCCUGCGAGUGUGGAGACGAACAAUGCAAAAACAUACUGGUGGUAAAGGUCUAGAAAGGCCUUUGGCAAUUACAAGGAUGAUGUCUUUGUAUCUGGUGAAUCCUUCAAUUAGAUAAAUGGAUGGAAUUUAAUCGUGGUUAGAAACUUAGAAAUGCCAA